GUGAAAUUGAGUGACUAAUAAUAAAACACUCAUUUUUUAAUUACAUUCGUGCACAUUUCUUUUUUAUUCUAUAAAAUACAAAAUAAAUAAAUAUGUCAACAGGGCAGCACAAAUUUCAAUCCUUUCAAUCUAUGACAGGUGCUUCAACUCGAGAUCAAACAGUUGAAGAACGUUAUGGUAUUCCUGAAAACUUUUUAGAAAUUGAAGUAAAAAAUCCUCAAACACAUGGCUUUGGACGUAAAAUGUAUACUGACUACGAAAUCAUCUGUAGAACCAACAUUCCAGCAUUCAAGUUGAAACAAUCUGCAGUUCGUAGAAGAUAUAGUGAUUUUGAGUGGUUUAGAGAUGUUUUAGAACGUGAAUCUACAAGAGUUAAUAUCCCUCCUUUACCUGGUAAAGUCUUCACAAACAGAUUUUCAGAUGAGGUCAUUGAACAACGUCGAGAAGGUUUAGAAAGAUUCUUACAAAUUGUUGCCGGACAUCCUUUGUUACAAACUGGUAGUAAAGUACUUGCCGCUUUUAUUCAAGAUCCUAAUUUCUCCCGUGAUAAUUACAACUAUUAAUAUUUUUUUUUACCCUUUUUUUUGUCAUAUAUAAUAAUAAUGAUGUAUUUUUUUAUAAAAACCAAAAAAACCAAAAAAACCAAAAAAAACUGAUAGUCUAAAGUUUUAUUGUUUAUUU